AUGGUGAAGAAAACACUUACCUCACCACUUACAAUGAUUGCCCCACAACCUGAAAAACCUCUGCUAUUGUACCUGACCUCUACUCCUCGGUCUAUUGGAGCCCUACUUGUCCAAGACAUAGAUGGAAUUGAGAAGCCAGUCUAUUACAUCAGUCGCAAAGUCAAUGGUGCUGAGUCGCGAUAUACUCCAUUUGAGAGGCAUUGUUUAGCCUUAAUCUUCACAAUGCAGAAGUUGCGUCACUACUUUUUGGCACAUUCGAUCCAGGUUGUGACUUGGAGUGAUCCAGCUAUUAAGAGCCAAGUACUUACAGACUUACUGGCCCAGUUCCCAUCUGGUGAACAUGAACUCGUAGAGGUACCUCUACCAGGUGAAGUCCAUGUUUCAGUAGCUGCAAUUGAGACUUAUUGGGACUUCAAGUUUGAUGGAGCUUCCGGAGCUGGGAAAGGUGGAGCUGGUGUAACACUAACCAGUCAAGAAGGAGAGAAGUUUCAUCUAUCAUAUAAGCUUGACUUUGAGUGUUCAAACAACGAGGCUGAAUAUGAGGCCUUGAUAUUGGGUCUAAUAGUUGCCCAAAAGAAGGGCCUCCUCCAAAGGUUGCUUACUCAGUUUGAUGAUGUCCAAAUUCAGCAUACUCCUCGUACACACAAUCGUUUCCUCGAUGCCUUGGCUACAUUGGAGGUAAAGGUGGUGGAGAUACCAGAUGAUAGUAUAGCCAUCGUCAUCGAGAAAAGAAUAACACCCGCAGUGCUAGCCGACGAACAUGCAGAGCGAGAUGCUGAGGGAUGGAAAGCAGAUAUAAUCCAACAGUUGAAAACUGGUCAGGGAAUAAUCAAACCAGCAGAACUUGCAUAA